UUCAUGUCGCACGUGUUUAAUUUUAGGUUAUGAUGUUUGUUUAUCCUAAGUUCAAGUACGAGAAGGAGCUUCAUACAUAAGUUUAAUUUUAAUACGUUAAAUAUGAAUAAUAAUAUUGUAGAUCUUCUUCAAUGUUCUCUAGAGUUUACUCCAAACAAUCAGUAUUUUAAAGACUUUUUGGAGUCUUGUCUUGAAAAUGGAGUUUUUCAUAAGAAGGAGAAUGCAGAAACCAUUAUAAAACAUAUCAACACCAACUUAAAUAAUUCAUUUGACAGAGAAAAAGGUCUUCUCUUACUUAUAUCUUUCUUACCUCAAAUUUCUGUAGAAGUGUUUUCCAACAAUGCUUUAUCUUGGAUGCUUCACUGCAGCAAGUUUAUCUACCAAAGAUGUGGAGUUAUUGACAGUCUUUCAAUCAGAGCACUGACAAAGCUGAUUAAGUUGUCUGUGAAGUUUCCAGAAGUGAAUAAAGAGACUGCUAAACAGAUUGUUCCAAGAUUUUUAUUGGAAAAUGUGAAGCAUAAAACGAAUAUUCAGGUUUCUGUAGAACUUCUAGAGUGUCUGCAAGCUUGUAUGUCUCAGUAUUCAGGCCCCUCGGGUGAAUUCAAAACUGACAUAUUGAAGCUGCUGUUGAGAACUGUCGAAGGGAAGCCAGCUGUGGUGGGAGUGGCGGCACGAUGUGUACCACUGCUAGCUAGGCUGGGAGGUGGGGGAAAGCAAGGUGCAACGUACAAGACAUCAUGGCAGCAGCAACAGUUAUCUCUUAUCACACUAUUGCACUCUCUCCUCAAUAAGAUAUACGACCAUAUCGACUGUGUCAUGAUUGCAGAGUCGACAUCACAAGGUGAGCUGCUAGAGUUGGAAUCUGUAAAUGAAAAAAAUGUGCUGUUAAGAACUCAGAGACUAGCAGCGCAGUUCUCAUCAGUGAGUCAGUUCCUGCAAUGUAUGCUGUUAGAAGAAUUCCCUGUUGCCAAGGCAGUAGCACCCAAUGCCAUUCUGGAUGUGAUAACUCAUGCUCAAAAGCCAACACAUGCUUCACUCGGCUCAUCCUUAGAAGCCCUUGCUGUCAUGUCUGUCUUACCUUCUAUUCAAGUGGCUGCCAUGCGACUUCUGGAAUCUUUAGUUCUGUGGUAAAACAUUACACAAGUGUAAUA